AUGGCAGCUGGCACGCAGCAGGCCUGCGGUGAGUCGGGCUACAGUGUCGGUCUCAACUCGCCCACUGUCGAUGUGAAGCGGGCACACGUUAUUGCGGAAAAGCGGGAGGCUGUAGUGAGUAACGCUGGAGGAGUAUCGACGGCAGAUCUGCUAUCGGAUGAUGCUGGAGAAGAAGAUGAUGAAAGAGUGGUAGACGUUUGA